AUGUAUGGUAGACGAUCUGGCGGUGGUGGUGGUGGUGGCGCCUACAGAAGCACAAAUGUGUAUCGCACAAGAAACGCAAAUUAUGCAAUAUUUGGAUCUACAGGGUACAGACCAGGAUACAGCCCAGGAUACACUACCAGGGCUAAGGCGAGAGCAGGUACGGCUUAUUCCGCCCCAACUUCGCAAAGCUAUAAUGGUUAUUAUCAACGCAAGCGAUACCUGAACAAUGGAAAUAAUGAGGCAAACACAAAAUCUCUGGGAUAUAAGGUACAGCAACAAAAUAAAGCAAGAGGAAAUGAAUAUUAUCAAAGUAAAGCAAGAAGAAAUGAAUAUUAUAACCGUAAACCUAAACCCAAUUAUGUCUCUAAUAAAAGUUCCCGGCAAGAACAACGUGAAAACUAUGCAACAGGACAACGUGAAAACUAUGCAACGGGACAACGUGAAAACUAUGCAACGGAACAAAGUGCCAAAUAUCGUGGUAGUAAUCACACAUAUAAAAAGAAAACUGUAAACCAAACGAUUAAUGUUGAUCAACAGCAACAGCAACAGCAACAGCGCCCUAGUAGAUGGGGCAGAAUGAUGGGUGCAAUGAGAAUGCCAAUGAUGUUUAUGUUCUUUAGUAGAAUAAUGAGACCCAGUCAUCAAGAGCAACAACCUCCUUUCCCUCCCAUUCAUCAAGAGCAACAGUCUCCUUUUCCCCCCUUUCAUCAAGAGCAACUGCCUCCUUUCUCUCCCAUUCAUCAAGAGCAACAGCUUUUUUCCCCUCCCAUUCAUCAAGAGCAACUGCCUCCUUUCUCUCCCAUUCAUCAAGAGCAACAGCCUGCUUUCCCUCCCAUUCACCAAGAGCAAGAGCAACAGCCUCCUCCCCCUCCUCCUAAAGAACAACAUACUGUCAAUAAUACAACUAGAGCCCGAUACCCUGCUACAACUAGCAAUGACCACGUAUCAGUUUUAUCUGAUAUUCCACUGGUAAUGAAUACUGGUUCAGAUUUACUAGACAAAGCUAGAAAACCUGCUUCAAAAACAAAGUCUACUGAAAUAAACACCGGAAAGACUGCUGAUUCAGUUCACAUUGGCUCAUUCCCAAUGGAUAUAAUUGGUAGAGUUCCCAUUGCAAGAAACACAAUUGACGAUAUAACAGCAGAAGACUUUAAAUCAAAAUCACCUCCUACACAUGACGAGCCAAAUGCUGUUGAAACAGAGACUCAAAGUUUUAGUAAAGACUCUGCUGAUCUAUCAGGAGCUUUAAGUAAGUCACCGUAUUCCAUCUAUACUGGUUUGCUUGACUUGAGUCCUCAACGAACUUAUACUCUACAAGAAUUAUAA